AUGAAUCGAGCUAAGUUUAUUUUGGGUUUAUUACAAGAAAAAGAAGAAAAAUCUAUGCAAAUAACUCUACCGGAACUUGAUGAUGACGCAUCGAAGACUUUAGAAGUAGAUGACCUGUUUUUAAAUAAAGAUUUAUAUGAGUCAGCUCCACCAUCAGAGCAAAUAUAUCCCAAGUUACCAUCAAUCAAACCACCAAACUCCGCCCCAUUAUUAACUGAUACAGGCAAUGAUGUAGUAUCCUUAGAAGAUUUUUUAUCAGAAAAAUAUGCUCCAUCUGAGCAACAACUGCAAAACCCACCCAAGAGUCCGUUUUCUGAUAUAAGCGGAAUUAAGCCUUUGGACAGUUCCUCCGAGCCUGAUUUAUCUGAUUCUGGCGACUCUUGGUAUCCAGAUAGUGAAGAAAAUUCAAAAAAGAAAAAACAGGUGAUUAUCAGAUCAUCCUCAACUGAUAGCAGUGAUUUUUGUGAUUAUUCUAAACGAAAAAAAUACAACAAAACACAGCAAAUAGAAGCAAAACCAGGAUGUUCUAAGGAUAGCUACGGUUAUAUUUCAAAUAAUUCUUUAGAGGAUUUGGAAACGGAAUCCAAUCAGCAGCAAAAUACUGAAACAUCACUUAUCACUGUGAAAAUGAACCAUGAAUCUGUAGAAACUAAUGAUCAGCAAAGUUCUUCAACAGCCAGCAUUAGUAAUGAAAAGCAAUUACAACGCUGGAAAAAAAGUGAUCCUAGCAAAUGGAAGAAAAAUAUAGCAAAAAUUAAUAGACAUAAGUGUUUGCCAUAUCAUGGAAAAAAGGGUAAUAUUAUGCAAGCAAAGAAGCCUAAGCAUGUAAAUUGUAUUGUAAAAUGCCGAUAUCAAUGCAUGAAUCAUUUUUCUGAGGAUGACAGAGUUAAAUUGUGCAAAGACUACUGGAAGAUUAAUGAUAACGUAUCUCAGAAACAGUUCUUGUUGCACCAGAUUGUUGCCAAACCAAUAAAAACUAUGAAAACUGGUAUUCCAAAUGAAAAACAUCGAUCCGCCACUUAUGAAUAUUAUUUCACUAAAGAUGAUCAGCAGCAUCGAGUCUGCAAAGACUUUUUUUUGAAAACGUUAUGUAUAUCAAAAGGUCCCGUAAAUGAAGCCAUUAAAUACAAAAACGAAUUUGGUAACUACGAGGGACAAGAUAGACGUGGUUCUCGUGCUCCUAUUAAUAAGACUGAUGCCGCAUCUGAACAAAAAAUCAUCGAUCAUAUUAACUCUUUUCCUCGACUUGAAUCUCAUUACUGUAGAAAAAAAUCUAAACGACAAUAUCUGGACAGCAAAUUAAGUAUUUCAAAAAUGUAUGAAUUAUAUAAAGAAGAACUAGUAACUGCUGGUGAAGAACCGUGUUCUUUCUAUGUGUAUAAAAGAAUAUUUGGAUCACAAUUUAAUUUGUCAUUUUUUAAGCCCAAAAAGGAUUUGUGUAUAAUAUGUACUCGCUAUGAUAGUAGUGGUCGACCUGAGUCUCUAAAAGAAGAAUAUGAUGCACAUAUUGCCAGAAAAAAUGCAGCACAAGAUGCAAAAGAAUUUGAUAAACAGCGGUCUAUGAAAGAUGACACGUAUCUCGUAGUAACUGCAGAUAUGCAAUCAACCCUUCAUAUACCUGUCAGCGGCGUAGGCAUAUUAUAUUAUACGAGGAAGCUGAAUGUGCAAAAUUAUACUAUUCACACAGCAAAACCUCCGAAUGAAGCAUUUUGCAUAACGUGGAAUGAAAUAAAUGGCAAAAGGGGCAGUAUUGAAAUCGCGAGUGCGAUGAACUGGUGGAUACAUCAAAUACCUACAUGUGUAAAAGAAGUAACUAUUUAUAGUGAUACGUGCGCAGGCCAGAAUAGAAACAAAUUUAUAACAGCUUUUCUGUGCCAUCUGAUCGCGAGGACUGAUGUGCACGUUGAAAUACUUGAGCAAAAAUAUUUAGAGAGUGGCCAUACGCACAUGGAGGUAGAUUCGAUGUACAGUGCUAUAGAAAAGUGCCAAAGGCAUACGCCAGUCUUCUCCAUGAUAGAUUGGAAAUCUAUUAUGGUUCGUGCUCGAUCAACAAGACACAAAAAAUCAUCACCGCCAUAUAUCGUUAAAGAAAUGACCUAUAACGAUAUGAUAGACAUCAAAGCCCUAAGCGAACACUUCGUUAAAAAUACAAGUAAGGACAAAGAGGGUAAUAAAAUAAUGUGGUUAAAAAUUAAGUGCCUUAGAUUCGAAAAAGGACAUCCUGGUCUGGUCAAAUUCCGUUACACACAUGAUGGCCCUUAUUCCGAAUUUGAUGUAUUUCAAACACUAGAUAAAGUAGCUCCUCGUGCUACAAGAAGGACAAAAAGAUCUCUAGAUGGUCAAGCAAUUGAGGAAAAUGAUCGUGAAGGCAGAAAAGAAAUGAUUGACAAAUUAAAAGAAUAUGUAAUUCCUAAGGCCUAUUCUAGCCCAAUCCCAAUAUCAGAAGCUAAGAAAAAGGAUCUGUUGAAUCUUUGCACCAAAGGGAUUAUACCUCAAGAACUUCAUUCUUGGUAUGAAACUCUACCUACCAGUAAAGAUAUUAUAGACAGAUUGUGCGAACCAGAUGUAGCUGAAGAAGGUGAAAACGAUUUAGAUUUUUGA